GGGAAGAGUGGCUCAUGGGAGAGGAAGAAGAAGGUUCACAACCGGCCAGGGCCCUUCUUGGCAAAAUGUGGCAAAUGCAAUGCCUCUUAUUCUGUUUUUCCCUGUUGCUUGCCCUGAGUGGUCAGCAGACACCGGGGGCACUAAAUAUGUCUGGUGUGCUCCACUGUGGGCAGCAGGGUUUUCAGUUCAUUGUUAACUAUCUCCUCCAGGACAGAAUGAUGCCUGUGUUCAUAGCUUGGGACAACAAAGGGCUGCCACACAAGCUGGUGAACAAUUCUGAGUGUGGUAUGUGGGUGAGGGAGGACCCUGAUGGCUCAGUGAUAUUGGAAGCCAACUACAGUGGCUGCUACGUCAAGGAGCGGGGCUUUCACUACAUCCUGCCUAUCGGGGUAGAAGGAGUAGAUGCAGCUGGACACACGAUGCUCAUGAAGAGGCUACUCAGGUGUCCUGUGAAUCUUCCAGGUAACAGCUGGAGACUUCAGACUCUGGGCCAAGCUGCUCCAGGUGCUGACCUGUGUGACUCCGUGCCUGUGGAGGACAGAUUACCAUGUGUAUCCUCUCAGGCUUCUCAAGCAGACUGUGAAGAGCUGGGCUGCUGCUUCAGCCCUGCAGGAGAAGCCAGUUCCUGUUACUAUGGAAACACAGUGACCUCACAUUGUAGCCAGGAAGGCCACUUCUCCAUUGCUGUGUCCCGGGAAGUAGCUUCUCCCCCACUACGGUUGGAUUCUGUGCGUCUGGUCCUCGGGAAUGACAGUGGGUGUGAGCCCGUGAUGGUAACCCGAGCCUUUGUCCUGUUCAAGUUUCCAUUUACUUCCUGUGGAACCACAAGCUGGGUCACUGGAGACCAGACAGUAUAUGAAAAUGAGUUAACUGCCAUUAGGGAUGUAAGAACUUGGGAUCAUGGCUCUAUCACUCGUGACAGCAUCUUCAGGCUUCAAGUCAGCUGCAGCUAUUCACUAAAGAGUAACACAUUUCCAGUUAGUGUCCAGGUGUUUACCCUUUCACCUCCUCUUCCCAAGACCCAGGAUGGACCUCUCACUCUAGAACUUCAGAUUGCCAAGGACAAGGACUAUGGCUCCUACUAUGUGGCUAGUGACUACCCAGUGGUGAAAUUCCUUCGGGAUCCAGUCUACGUAGAGGUCUCCAUUCUUCACAGGACAGACCCCAGUUUGGGGCUCCUCCUACAUCAGUGUUGGGCUACACCUAGCCCCAACCCCCUGCACCAACCGCAGUGGCCCAUCUUGGUGAAAGGCUGCCCCUACACUGGGGACAACUACCAGGCUCAGAGGAUCCCUGUCAAGACCGCCUCAAACCUACUGUUUCCUUCACACCACCAGCGCUUCAGUUUCUCCACCUUCAGCUUUGUGGACUCUACAAGGGCGAAACAGGCUCUGAGUGGACAGGUGUUUCUGCACUGCAGUGCAUCCGUGUGCCAGCCUACAGGGAUGCUAUCGUGCAUGGUCACCUGUUCUCCUGCCAAGCGAAGAAGAAAAUCUGACCUGUAUUUUCAGAACAGUACUGCCAGCGUUUCUAGCAAGGGUCCUAUGAUUCUACUCCAAACUACUGAAGAUCCUUUAGAAAAGCUCCGUAAAUCUACAGGUGCUCCUGUGAACCCGCAAACUCUGUGGGUAGCAGGACUUUCUGGCACCUGCAUUGUUGGAGCCUUGUUAUUAUCCUACUUGGCUAUCAGGAGAUGGAAGUAAAGUAGUCAGACCAAAUGUGUCAAUAAAACUAUAUUGCAAUCCCA